AAGUCCUUGGUCUCUGAUCUCUGUCUCUUCCCCUAUAAAUAGCUUACAAAUAACACAAGUUAUUCCGGAAUACAAGGGUAAUGAGCCAUCAUGAAUCCUGAUCUGUGUAAGGCUGUAACUAAAGGCAACUCAGCUUUGCUCUCGCAUUUAUUUAAGACGGCAGGCGACAAUGUCCGGCGAGAGCAGAGAGACCAAAACAAGAACACUCUCCUCCACAUCGCCGCCAGCUACAACAACGUCCAUGUUGUAGAGGUAAUCCGCAAAAACCAACCAACAACUACACUCAGAAGUAAGAACUACACAGAAGACACCGCACUCCACAUUGCUGCACGCCAUAAUAAUGCUGAAGUGGUUAAGUAUCUGCUGCGCUGGGCUAAGAAAACAGACAAAGAAGAUAAACGGUCUAAAGCAUAUCUUACGGCGUUCUUAAAGAACAGAGAUGGGAACACAGCCUUGCAUGAAGCUGUUCUUAGGCGUCACCGUGAGGUGAUUGAGGUGUUCAUGGAGUUGGACAAAGAGGUCCUCUUCAUUAAGAAUAAGCACAACGAAUCAUCUCUUUAUCUGGCUGCUGACCGUGGGUUACACGUUGAGCUGGGGAAGAUGAUGAUUGUUGCACUGGAAGACGAAGCUUCCAAGAAGAUGAAAAAUUUACCUGUCUAUGAAGGCCUUGACGGCAAGACACUUUUGCACGCUGCCGUUGUUAAGAAGCAUAUAUUAUGCGUCAAUAUUAUACUGGACAAAAAGAAGGAGCUCAUUAGUAGAGAAGAUGAUGGUGGAAGAAAUCCUCUUCACUAUGCAGCAUUAUUUGGCCAUUCUGAAGAAGCUCGUUGCAUACUGGAAAAAGACGCUCAAAUUGCUCACAAAAAGGACAACCAAGGCAUGUAUCCCAUAUACAUUGCAGCCAAUAAAGGUCAUGUUGGCAUUAUUGGAACAAUGCUAAAAUAUUGCCGAGAAACGAUAGAGACAUUAUACGAAGGAGAUCAGAAUGUUUUUCACCUUGCUGCUAAGAGUGGGAGAGGGAAUUCAGUAAGUUACAUGCUUCAACAGAAAUCUGAUUUUGAGAAAUUUAAAAAUGCGAAGGAUAUCGAUGGAAACACGCCACUACAUUUGGCCACCAAGAACUCGUACCCGAAGGUUGUGAGCAUUCUCAUGUGGGGGCGUGUAGACAAGACUAUCAUGAACAAAGAAGGCCUGACAGCCCUAGACAUUGCAGAGGAGCAAAUGAUGGAGAUCUCAUUGCCAAAGGUUCUUACCCUAACGACCUUAUGAAUUAACGGAGCACCAUCUGGUCUACCUUUUCCAAUUAUUGAGAAAGAUACGUCAACAAUUACUCCACCAGUAUCAACUCGAAGUUCUUCAAUGAAAGAGGACAAUAAGUCAAAUGAUGAUCCAAAAACAGAAAAUUACAAAGACAAGUUCAAAGAGAGGAUCAGUACUGUUGCGGUUGUAGCAACGUUGAUCAUGACGGUCACCUUUGCCGCGGGUUUCACAGUCCCUGGAGGUUACAAUAGUGAUGGCCCACACAAAGGUAUGGCUACAUUGUUAAAGAAGCCUACGUUUAUUGUUUUUGUGAUCUGCAAUACCUUGGCUUUGUAUCUGUCUAUCGUCGUUGUGGUGAACAACGUCUGGGCUCAGUGGGGUGACAACAGCUUGUUGAUUAUUGCGGUUAACUUAAGCGCACCAUUGUUGGGUAUAGCUCUCGUUUUGAUGGCCAUAGCAUUUGCAGCAGGUUUGUACUCUGUGAUACUUAAGCUUCAGUGGCUUGCCUUCUUGGUCUUGGUCAUUGGAGGCAUCUUUGUUUGCUAUAUCGUGGUUAUCUUUGUUCUAUUCCUUAUCCCAAAAAUGUCCAAGUAUCCUGUUCUGCGAGAAAUCAUCAGGUGGGCCGUCAAUCUUUUGAUCUGGGCAUUUGAUAGAUUCUUCGACAAAAGGACUGUUCACUAGCAUUGGUGUUAUGGGUAUUUGGUGUUCGCGAGCUUCAAUCUUUUGACCUGGCAUCAUCUUGGGAUCUUCCGUUUUUUUCUCCCACCAUAGUUUUGGUGUACCAUAUCUUUUUUUUCCAUAUUUUGACUCCUCUUCCCCCGUUUUUUUCUGUAUCAUCAGUUUGGUUUUAUUUUGUUUCCUCCCUCCCCCAUUUUCUUGUUCCCCUUGCUUCUUUCGCUUCUUUCUACCCCCUCCCCCCAUCUGUGUUUUUGGUUUUACUUGUAUCGCCCCUUUCUCAAUAGGUUUGGUAAGUCUCUCUCCUUUCGGGUUGGCUUUCAUUGGAUAGGGUCUUUGUCCUUGCUUAGCUGAUUUUGGCUUUGUCUAGUGUAUCUGUUCUUCUUUUCUGUUUAAAUAUACUUCCUUUCAACCAAAAAAAAAAGCUUGGGAAGACGUUUCUUCUUUUGUUUGGAUGUUAGGGUUUGCAACUGUUUCCUUUUGAUCCAUUGAGAGGGAAAAGAACUCUUAUGGUAUGUAUUAUGGAUGAUAAUAGAUUUUAAUGUAAUAUUAGUGUAUGUGAUAUAUUGUAUCAGUGUUAUAUCAUCACAAUCUUAUUAUUAUUAAGAAAGAUUAUAUUUGUGA